AUGGCAACAACAUAUGACUUCAUUGUGGUCGGAAGUGGACCUUCUGGGAGUGCAGUGGCUGCAUCUCUGGCUCAGGCUUCGAGCCGUCCAAAAGUGCUCCUACUUGAAGCUGGGAGCAACAACGAAGACCGCAAUCUCCGUGUGGAUGGACAGCGAUGGCUUACUUUUCAAAACAAAGAAAUGAACUGGGGCUACAAAACGACUUCUCAGGAUCAUUGUAAUGACCGUGAAAUUGAUUACUCACGUGGAAAAGGUAUUGGCGGGUCCAGUGCCAUCAAUUUUGGGGUCUAUAGUGUUGGCGCUCGUGGUGACUACGACGAGUGGGCUAGAAUCGUGGGCGACGAUGCAUAUCGAUGGGACCGUAUGCAAGCUCGAUACAAGAGUCUUGAGACCUUCCAUAACGAUAUUCCUGCUGGCAUCGAUAAGAAAUAUGCCAACCCGAAGGCUUCGGACCACGGCACAUCGGGUCCGCUUCAUGUCGGAUUCGCGAGUGAGUGGGAGAGAGAUGUCCCGGCAAUGAUAGACGAUUUCGAACGUGCUGGGUUUCCUUUGAAUCCAGACCACAAUUCUGGCAAUCCGAUCGGGAUGUCUAUGUUAAUCAACUCUUCUUAUAAGGGCUUGCGGUCAACGGCAGCGGACCUUCUUGUUCCAAGACCAGAUAAUCUUACUGUCAUCGUUGACGCUCCUGUGCAACGCCUUAUUUUGAAGGGCAAGAAUGCUGUGGGAGUAGAGUCGAAGGGAAAUCAAUAUUUCGCCGCCAAAGAGGUUGUCCUCUCUGCUGGCGCUCUUGAUACGCCGAAGAUUCUAAUGCAUUCAGGUAUUGGACCUGCUAACCAGCUAGAAGCUCAUAACAUCCCCGUUGUACUGCCAGUACCUGCUAUUGGGCGUGGUCUCCGCGAUCAUUGCUUUGUUCCCUUGGUCUACACUCGUGUCAAAGGUGACACUGAUCGGGCAGCUUUCUAUGGAGACCAGAAAAAAAUGGAUGAAGCCCUUGAACGGUGGAAGCAUGACAGCACAGGACCUUGGACCAAGUUCGCCUGCCAGUUGGGCGUUGGCUGGUUCAAACUGGACCAACUCGUCUCCUCAAAAGAGUUUCAAGCACUGCCGGAUGAUGAGAAGAAGUAUUUAUUGCACGAAACUGUGCCUCACUAUGAAAUACUCACUCAUUUUCCGGUUCAUUGGUUUAUUCCUCAAUUCCCCGAAAGCGCUCUGAACUAUUCAUGCCUGCUUGUCUUUCUCUACAAUGCACAGACUCGCGGAGAGGUCCUCCUUCAAUCUUCAGACCCCGAUGUACCUCUCCGGUUUGAUCCCAAGUUCCUCGCUCAUCCAUUUGACCGACGCGCCGCAAUUGAAUCACUCCGUGAUGCUCUCCGAUUUGCAAAUAGUGACUCUUACAAGAAGAAUAAUUUAGCCGAUGUAGCUGCUCCAAAGUCAGAUUCUGAAGAGGAUCUGCUGGAGUACUGGACGCAAAAUGUUUCCUCAAGCUGGCACAUGACGGGUACUGUCAAGAUGGGGAAACCUGGAGAUUUGGAUGCGGCUGUGGAUGCCCAGUUCAAACUGAUAGGUAUUAAUGGACUUCGUAUCGCAGACUUGAGCGUCGUUCCGGUUUUGGCUAGUUGUCAUACCCAGGCUGUAGCCUAUGUUACGGGACUCACAUGCGCGGAUAAACUGAUUGAAGAGUAUAAACUGUAA